UUCCUUCUUUCCUUCUCGCUCUCCAGCUGCACCGUCCCAGCCGGCCGGACUUGCAGGCACUUCCUGCAAGUGUGGCCGGCUGGGACGUUGCGGUUAGGGAGGCUGCUUCUGGCUCCCAGCAGUGGCGAAGCGGGCGAGUUUGGGACGGAGAAAAGCCGCGGGUAGGGAAAACUCCGCAGGGGAGACUUUGGGGUUCCUCGAGAGUAAGGACGAAAGCAAAGGGAGCCGAAGCCGCCCGGUUGCCGAAGAGGGACGCGCGGCUGGCGGUGGAUCGAUCUCCAGUUCUCUCGGCUGGCUACGGCCCUCUUUUCAUGAAAUCUUUGAGUUUGCCAGUUGUUUGGAAUUAGUUACGAAAGAAGAAGAAGAAGAAAGGAGGAGGAAGAAGAAAAAGAAAAUCUCCAAACCAACGUCAUUUUAACUCGGGGGUUUGGCUGGACUUGAAAAGAAGGGAGGAAAAAAAAUCGCGCUCCCGAGCUCGUGUAUUGUUUUCCCUCGCUCGCUUUCAUAAACUUAACUCCGAAGAACUCUGUAAUUGGAUAACAAGAGUAAUAGGAUGACAUCCCUUAUAGAUCCCAGGAUUAAACUAGCUUUGAGGAAGAAACCAUCUGAAAGAACUGAAGAGGAAUUAAAUACUAUCUAUUACUAUCUUCAUGGAAUGGAUUCAUUAUCUCAUCUCAGGGAGCAUCAGUUAAGAAUUAUGACUUCCACUGCACGUUAUAAAAGAUAUGAUGGAAAUCAAGUUUUAUUUUGCUCUGAUACUAUUGCAAGAUGCUGGUAUAUUCUGCUUUCUGGAUCUGUGCUUAUGAAGGAUUCUAUGUUUUUGCCACCUCACAGCUUUGGCAAGCAAUCUGGAGGAAAACGAGGUUGUGAAUGCAUUGUGUUGGAACCUUCAGAAAUGAUCGUGGUAGAUAAUUCAAAAGAGAAUGAAGACAAUAUCUUGCAGAGGGAAGUGCCUCUUCGACAAUCUCGCCGGAGGUUUCGGAAGAUUAAUCAGAGAGGAGAACGUCAGACCAUUACAGAUAAUGUGGAUGUUAGUAGCUACCUUUCCGCUACAGAAAGUGAGAUGGGAGAUGUAGAUUUAACUGGCCUCCCAGAAGCGCCUGUAGAUUCUGAAGAUGAUGAAGAAGAAGAUGAAGACAUUGAUAGAACAUCUGAUCCUCUGCUAGGGCGAGAUGUUGUUCGAGAGUGUCUUGAAAAAGAACCUGCUGACAAAACAGAUGAUGAUAUUGAACAAUUAUUGGAAUUUAUGCAUCAGCUUCCAGCAUUUGCAAACAUGACUAUGUCAGUAAGAAGAGAACUUUGUUCAGUCAUGAUAUUUGAAGUAGUAGAGCAAGCAGGAGCCAUCAUCCUUGAAGAUGGGCAAGAACUUGAUUCUUGGUAUGUUAUUUUAAAUGGCACUGUGGAAAUUAGCUAUCCUGAUGGGAAAACAGAAAGUCUUUGUAUGGGAAAUAGUUUUGGAAUUACCCCAUCUCUGGAAAAGCAACACAUGAAUGGUGUGGUUAGGACCAAAGUAGAUGAUUGCCAGUUUGUAUGUAUAGCCCAGCAAGACUACUGGCGUAUAUUGAACCAUGUUGAAAAAAAUACACAUAAAGUGGAGGAAGAAGGAGAAAUUGUUAUGGUGAAGGAGCAUAGAGAAUUAGACCGCAGUGGAACCAGAAAAGGACACAUUGUCAUUAAGGCUACACCUGAACGCCUCAUUAUGCAUUUAAUAGAAGAGCACUCUAUUGUGGAUCCAACUUACAUUGAAGACUUUUUAUUAACAUUCAGAACAUUUUUGUCAAGCCCUCUGGAAGUUGGAGAAAAACUUUUAGAGUGGUUUCAGGUUGACAGUCUCAGGGACAAGGUUACUCGAGUUGUACUGCUAUGGGUGAAUAACCAUUUCAAUGAUUUUGAAGGAGAUCCAGCCAUGACAAGAUUUUUGGAAGAAUUUGAAAAACAUUUGGAAAAUGCGAAAAUGAAAGGACAUCUCAGGUUAUUAAACAUUGCAUGUGCCGCAAAAGCAAAGUGGAGACAAGUCACCUUGCAAAAGCCUUCUAGAGAGUCACCACUUUUCUUCAGUCUUCUUGGAGGGAGCGAAAAAGGUUUUGGUAUUUUUGUAGAGUCAGUGGACUCAGGAAGCAAAGCAUCAGAAGCUGGGCUUAAACGUGGUGAUCAGGUAAUGGAAGUAAAUGGGCAAAACUUUGAGAACAUUACAUUUUCAAAAGCUACUGAAAUCUUGAGAAACAAUACUCAUCUUUCCAUCACUGUAAAAACAAAUAUUUUUG